AAGCAUCAUGGCUGCAAAAUAUUUUCUAGUCGCUCAAACUUAGUGAGAACCGAAACUUAGCUUUGAGAAAGUGAUAAUUACUUUGUUUGUACAAGACGGAUUCGGCUCUUAGGAUGAGGAUGACCAAAACCAAGGGUGCCAUAGCGAUGAACUCCUCAGGAGAAGAGAGUGACCCCGAGGUGUCAGUGGCCGUCGGGGCUGCAAGUGGGGGUCAGGAAAUGAAGGGGAAGUCAACCUCCAAAGGGCCUCAGCUGAAGCCACAGAUGGACUCGAUAUUUGCUGAAGUCGAAAAAAGCCUUCCUUCUAUAGAUUUUGAUCUGUCAGAUAUAAGCUCAGAUACAGAUGAGCCGAUUAUAUUUCACAGAAGCUUGAAAACAUCUGACUAUUUGUUUGAUGAUGACAAGGAUCUUGACACAAGCCUAAGUGGCGAAUCCUUGACAGAGAGGAUGCUGCCAAUGAAGCAGCCGGUUGACAAAAUAUCAGAGUUACCUCCCCCUUAUGACAAUGACCUUGCACUGUUGAAACCAAUAUUUGGUGAUGGAUCCCAAACUGACACCGGGGGUAGUUGGGAGGCGCUUGUGACAGAUUAUGAACAAGACAUAGAAAAUUCAAAUUGUCCGAAGCCCCAGAUGCAGAAUUGGAUGGCACUGGAACGAGAUAUGUCUCAACCGUCUUUUCCGCCAACAUUUACCAGCAGUGGGACAUCAAUGGAGGAUGAUUUCAUUGACAACAGACUGAUGGAGGAAGAGAAUUGUGAAGAAGGGGGAGACAACUCUCAAGCAGGUCUUGACACGGACGCUGGGGAUUUCUUAGAAACAGUUGGUGUGAAACAGAAAAGGAAACAAGAUAAUGAGAAACAAAAGAGUAAAGCCAUUGCAUCAACACUUGUUUCAGCCAGAGCGCCGGUGUUGUCUCUUCAGGCCUUGGAGAAUAUUGAUUUAGAUGUGUUGCUGGUGAGUUUGAAUGAAGACAACCAGUAUGGACCCAGGACGAUGCUAGCAUCUUCCAGCAGAGGAGGAGGUGGGGACACAGCAGAACACCAAGCCCCGCUCGAGGAUCUGACCCUGAUACAGAAGCUGGCCCAACUGUCUGUAUCACAGGGGGGCUGUCCCCUGGCUACUAUUGACCCCCGCACUGGGGCCAUCAAGGGGCAGGACAACAGGGAGACAACAGAGAAAGAAUCCAAGAAGACAACAGCAUGCAUGGGAACAAAUACAAGUGACCUUUCAAGGAUGUCUCCCCCAUCUUUUAUUCCACCUCCAGCCCAGCCGAAGGUGGAACCAGACACUGUGUUCAUCGAUCUCCGCCACUUUGAGAAACAUCGUCAGAAGGAACAACAUAAUAUUGAGCGUGUUCAGCAGAUCCUGGGCAUUCAGCACGACAGCUCAGACUCCAGUGACUCGGACGAUGACAUGGAGCAGUGGCAGACACAGAGACGUCAGAUCAAGGAGAAGCUGGUGUCACGGGGCGUGACCACACAACCCCUACCAUCCAAGCCCAAACCAUUUCAAAAUAGAAACAUCAAACAUCCAAACCGAGUUAUCAACCUGAGUGAGAGAGGGACAAAUGUUCAGAAGAUGACAAACAGUCAGGAUGAAGAUGCAGAGGAGGCAGCAGAUGACCAACAAAAGAAAGCACAAAAUGCAGCACAGAGAGAGAAGGAGAGACAGAUGGAGAAAGCAAGGAAAAUGAGAGAACAGCGAGAAAAGGAGAGAGAAUCGCGGCUGAGGAUGGGGAAGAGAAUUGAAGCUGUUCAACCAACUGCCUCUGUUAGUGGCCGCCACCCCUGUGCUGAACAGACACCAGUCAUAUUUGAUAUUGAUGCAUCGUAUGAGCCCCCUCCCAAGACCUUGCCUGGAGUUAUCUCCCCUGACCAGGAGUGUGUGCUGCUGACUGUCAACUUGUCCAGUGAUGGAGAAAUUGUGCUGCAUCGAAACAGGACCAAUAAAAGCGUGGACACUGGGUGUGGUCUCUCUGCUAGCUACACCACUCUACUGACCUGGCUUCUCUCCCUUGUCCCUGAUGACUUCACCUUCCUCCAGGGGGCAGCACAACCCACAGACAGUGCCAUGUUCUUCCCUCCCUUCCAUGUUGUGGGCCUCCAGCAGAUGUGGAUGGAGGAACAGCUCUGUCUUGCCAUUGCUGUGUCUCCAGCUAAAGACUUCGAUGCCAAGUUUGUCUCUCUCAAAUCUAAAAAAUCAAAGGUUCGAGAUGAAGUAAAGGGAAGCUCCCCCUUCAUGCAGCAUGUCAGCAAGUUCCUGUCCACCAACACUCUCCACACAGUGUGUCCCUGGCUCCAAGCCUUCGUCUCCAUGGACGUCACGUGUGCCAAUAAGGACGACCCAGAGCUGUGUGCAUCCUACACCUACCAACCCCCCCUGCCCAACGUCACCACCAAGCCUCUCUCCACGUACAUCCACCUCAACCCAGAUCAGACAGCUGCUAGCAAAGUGUUUAACACACCCGUAGGCUUCUUCUGGCAAACAGUUGACAGUGAUGACGGACACUUUGACGUCCCUCUUCAUGACAGUGACGUGAGCUAUGAAACCCAGAACACAAUGUCCUUGAUAUACAAGAAGAUAUUCCGUGAACCUGGUGCCCUGAUGGGAAUCCUGAACCGGGUCCUCCAGGAGGGUCUUGAUCUCAGUGGAGUCCGACUCCUCUAUCCUACUGCUGAAUUGCUCAAUUUGAAAGAAUGUGAUAACAGUGAAAAACAGUCUACCCUUGACCUUCUGAACAAUAUAGGGCCUGUUCUUGCUAUUGCACUGCGUGGAACAUUUGCUCGGUCAAUCUGGCUGGACGCUGUCGGACCUUCAGAUCCUGCUUUAGCAAGGCGGACGGACCCUAUGUCCCUCUGUGCUCAGUUCGGUGGUGCUUCCAGAGAUGAAUGUCUCCUCUUCUGUCCGCGGAACCAAGGCCGGGUCCACUCGGAGCUGACCCGUUGGUUCGGAGGCAGAGUUCCUUCUGGCGGAGUGGUUGAUGUCGGGACACCUUACACCAGGAAGGAACAUCUCAGAAGUGGAAGUCCAAAAGAGAGGAAAGGAAAACGAGGAUCUGCUGAACCAAAAGAUGCAAAAGAGGACAGAGAUGAACUUUUGGCUCAUCGUCCCCCCGCCACUUUGACAGCCACCCACAAGAGUGACAUCUUCCUCCUCCUGUCCCCUCUGGUCCCCCCCCGCAGCUACGGCCUCAUCAUGUCCACGUGUCAGAGGAGGGGCUAUCAGAUACAUGGGCUGCGUAGACUCAAGCUGACAACAAAGAGAGCAAGUGCUUUAGGUAUUUCAUCAACAGAGGCACAUGUCUUCUGUCCUGGAACAAACUCAGCUGAUGACCUUGCUGACACCAACCAAGGGAGACAACUGGAGGCUACAGCGCCAUCUACUGUGUUAGUGUUGCAGAAGGAGAACUCCUCACACAAUGCUGCUAGUCUGAUAGAGGCAUUCAUGAUUCAGAUGACACUGCAGGGAGUUCUGGGCCUGGUCCAGAAGGAAGUGUCGUUCAAGCUGACAUCGAGACAUCUGUUCCACGCCGCUACGUUCACUGAGGGGCUGCUCAACCUGCUGGGAGGGGACUUCAGCAAGUGUCCGGACUACGAGCUCCAGGGCAGUCCCAGCUACCUGCAGCCCAGCGUGUACACCAACCCCGAACUGGAGCAGGUGGCCGUGCUCAUGUUGUGUGGCCAUGACAUACUGAAGUCAUGUGGCCUGCUCAUAGGCAAGAUUCUCAACUUGGUGCCACACAGUAAGACGCCAGUUGUCUCCCCUUUGGGCACAGGGUUUGAGCUGCUGGGGCUGAAGUGGAUGCCGACGCUGUCGAUGUCCCAGGCCAGGGAGGUCACGCCCUUCGAAGUGGGGGACAAGCAGUGGAGAGAGAGCAUCCACACUCUCACACUAGAACCUGUGCUAGUCCUGGCUGUCCGUGGGGUCAAUGCUUUCAAGCACCUGUCCAGUCUCUUCCCUGACCGCAAUGCUACUACCGGUCACUCUCCCCGCGGUCAGAAGCUGUCCCUGGACAAGAUGAUGUCUCAGACAGCUGAUGAAGCUUACACCUACAUCCGUCUGUUCUUCUCCCGACACGACCUCUACCCUGACCCCAAGUGUCGCCCCCUGCUGCCCUACCUCCCUGAGUCAAGACGUCGUCACGGCAACGCAACACUUGCAGACUGGAAGAAAUCCCGCCCAUCACAUCAUCCCCAGGUACAAGAGAACCUAUUUGACUUGAUGCUAGCUGGCCCACGACUGCUCACAACCUUUCUACUCAUUAAACCAUCAGCUGUAGUCAACCAUCUGGCAAGAGUCUUCAAGAAGAUAGCACAGGAAGGAUUCCAGAUUGUAGGACUUAAGAUGGCCGUCCUAAGUUCACAACAGGCUCGACAUGUCCUGUCUGCUGACAUUGUACAGGAUCUUGCCCUCUGCAAAAGCCACGUUGACCACCUGACAUCCAAUCCGUCCAUAUGCCUAUGUCUACAACGAGAGAAUGCGGUCAAGCGACUAGUGGACAUUCUCGGGCCAGAAGAUCCCCAGAGUGCUCGACGUCAGAGUCAGUUUCUGUGGAGAGGAACAUUUGGCAGAGACGUAGUAGCUAACGGCCUGUAUGGUUCACAUGACUACAACCAAGCCGUGCUGGACCUGACGUUCUUCUUCCCCCAAGGUCUGUGUUGUGAGGAGACGCCGGAGCUGGUCAACAAUGGGAUUGUGUGUCCGGCUGAAGACCUGUCUAUAGAUCUGCAUCACUUUGACAGGCGCGAUGUAAAUCUGGUACAUCACAGUCAAGCUCUCGAGUCCUACAGCACAGACAUGGCAGAGAUUCAUGAAAUGCUGCUCCAGACAACAUGUCUAGUGCUGAUGUCCCCUGUGCUGACUGGGCGAGGCCGAGACCGGCUGGGGGUGGGGCAUGUGGAGAUAUUGGAGGCUCUGUUCACACACGGGUUUGAGUUGAGUGCUGCACGGAUGCUCUGGUUCACCAGAACCCAGGCAGAACACUUUCUCCACCUUGUAGACGCUGGCAGUUUCAAACAGGUUCCACGCCUGACUUCAGGCCCCACACUCGUCCUGGCGUUGCAGAGGGACAACGCCAUGCUGGCGUUUGAUUCGGCCCUCGGAGGCUCCCUGUCCUCCGAGUCCAUCUUGAGAAAAUUUGGUGAUUACAUACAUCGACCCAGCAGCAUCAAACAGUCUCAUCAGCUGCUGACCUUCUUCUUUGACCACCUCAUGCCUGGCAGUCAGCUGGACAUCGUCCAUCUCAACCCAACAUCUGACCGUUCUUAAUCCACAACAAUUACAAGACAUUGCUGCCAUAGUUCCCCAAACCAGAGAGUCUUGGUAACAUUGGAAAACCUCAUUUGUCAUGACAUCAAGUUUGGUUUCGUGAAUAUGGAGAAAUUCAAGCCAAGAUCUUUCUGGAGACCCAAGUGGCAAGGCGAGACUGCUUUUCCCACUUGAGGGGAGAUCCUUGAGUCUUAGUCCUUCUUUUAAAUGUUGAACCAUUUGAGGUAAUUUUUAGCGUCUUCUUCAAUGUGUAACACAUCAUCAGAUUGUAUCCUACACAGGCCAUUAUGCAAUGCAGGGUUAGAAACUAACAGUUUUCGUCCACUAGUCCUUGUAAUGAUAACAUAUAGCAAAACCCUUAAAAAGGGCAAAUGUCUACUAGUCCUUAGGAUACCUUUACCAUUGGGCAGUUUGGCAAGGACUACAGGACUAGUGUCAUUUUCUAACACUGCAAUGUGUUAUGACUGCUGAUUGGCCAGUAAACCUAAAGGUCAUGAAACUAAAACAGAGAUCACUCUAUGUGAAGUAUUAUUUUGAAAGCAUUAAUUUUCAAAUUUCAGCCUUGAGGGAAAGGCUAGGAGUGAGUCUAGAAGACAAGCUUUGAGAAGGUUCUUUAUUGUCCGUAGGAGAACUAGCCUAGCAUAACUUGCAUUAGUUAGGAAAUGAACAAAGGUUUCAGAAAUCAUUAUGAAAGUUAUCAGAUGCGUUAUUCUUACACUUGCAUGUUUUAGACUUCAGAAACAUUGUCAGCCAUUACGAAUUACCAAUAUUGCCAAGUUUAAAGUAGAAAGACAAGUUCUAUGGAUAAACAACUUCUAUAUUACAAUUAGUGCGACGUUUUAGUGUAGAUCCUAACACCUUUAUCCCCUUUAUCAAGCAAGUGUUAGGAUCUACACCAAAACGUUGCACUAAUUGUAAUAAAGAAGUUGAUCGUCCAUAGAACUUGUCGUUCUUCAUCACACCAACUUCUAAAUGCCACUGAAAGAAAUUGCCAAGUUUACCAAUAACUGUAAUAUUUAGCAUUUACACUGGCCAAAAAUGGCCCUGAUCAAACCCUGUCCUUUCAAGUACAAUGACAAUAUGUUAUUGAUAUUAGUCUUCAUGAAUAAUGACUCAGCAUGGUCAUUGUAAACUAUGGUAACAUUGUCACAUGAGUGCAUCUUCACGAGGCAAGAGAGUUAACGGACAUUCAAAGUCCAGUUUCCACCCUUGCCGAACUAGGCUGGAAUUCCUGGGCUUGAUCGUAGCACCACCAGUGGCUAUUACCAGUU